CAAUAAACCAAAUACAUACAAAAAAAAAAUUAUCUUUAUUUUUACAUUAUAAAUAUAAAUUUUUUUUUUCUUUUUCUCUUUUUAUUUCCAAAUACACAACAUCAACUCAAUAUAUUUGUCAAUUUUUUAUAUAAUUAGUUUUUUCAUAAAACAAUUAAACAUAAAUUGGCUUCAUUAAAUAACAACACUUUUAGCAAUAAAAACUCCACUUUUUUAAAUAAUAACAAGUUUAAAUACUUUUUCUUCGCUCCUGAUAUAAUAUAAAACAAAAUGAAUUCAUUUGGUAAAAUUGUUCAAUCAUCAAGAGUUUAUUUAAACAGUGUCGCUGUAAAUAGCUCUUUCCCUGCCUCAAGUAAUAAUAGUAGUAAAUUCCUUUCAACUCUUAAUUUAAGUAGAAAGAAUGAAAGAAUUGCCUCACUCUCAGUAGUUCACAAAUCUUGCUUUAACACCUCAAAUGUCGAGCAAAAGUUCUUAGAGGAAGUUGGCUACGGUCAAGCUGAUCCAGCCCUUAAUCCAUCACCAUCCUAAUAAAAAAUUAUGAUAUAUAAAAUUAUCAUAUUUUUUUGUUUUUGUAAAUAGAUACCAAAGAAAAAAAAAAUAAAAAAAUUAAAUAAAAAUAACCCAAACACAUUUGUAAAAUAGG